AGCUAAGCACACUUGUAUUUGCCGACGUCCAGAAUUAAUUCUUAUUAAAACGUGUAUUUAGCAAAUUAAAUACGUAAUCAUAAUGGUUCAAAAGAAAGUCACUGCGACCAAGGUGCGAAAGCCCGCAAAUGGUCCAAAAAACAAAAAAACGUUUCUUAAAUCGGUGCUUGAAACUGAGGUUGCUAUUGGAGCCUCCAAAUUGUCGCCGAAGAAAAAUAAGAAGCCACCAAUUCAACAAGCAGCGGCGAGUGACGAAGACUCCGAUGCGAGCGAAAACGCCGAAUUAAGCAACGUUGAUGAAGGCAGUAACUCCGAGGCAGAAAACCAAAAUGAAGACGAAUCAAGUGAGGAUGAAUCCGACUUGAAUGAUGACGACGAGCCUGAGCCCGGUGAGGUUUCACUAGCUGACCAGAGCAAAUUACAUGAUGAAGCAGAGUUCAGUGAUGAAGAAGAAGAAAACAACUUGCAGGGUGAAUCCGAGUCCAGUGGCGAUGAAGGGAAUGACAAACCAGAGGGUGACGAUGAUUCAAACGAUGAUGAUGAUGAUGCACCCGAGGAAGUUGCCAUUACCAAAGAAAAGCCGUCAAAAAUUGGUGGCAUACCGAAAAUAACAGUCGGAAAGAUACCAGCAGACAUACCACAAAAUCAAAUUAUUUUUGUUUCACAACUUCCACAUGAGUACAAACACAAUGAAUUAGUUGGUGUUUUCUCAAAGUUUGGCCCCAUCAAAAUUGUCGGUCGUGUAAAAACCACAGCUGGUGGUAGCAACGUUCGCAUUGCUUUUCAAACUGCCGAUGCGGCUGGGGCUGCACUUAACGCCAAUGUGAAGGCUCUUACUCUAAACGGUCAAAAUCUGAAGGUUGCACCUGCAACAAGCAAGGAAACCUUUAUGAAGCGCACUGUAGUGGUGAGCCUCAUUAAAGCAGAAACUACAGAGGAUGAGUUGAAGGCCCAUUUCAAGAAAGUUGGUCCAAUCGAUUGUAUAAAUUUUACGAAGAACACAGAUAAACUCAGGGCCUAUAUACGUUUCGAGUCGGAGGACUCAGUGGCCCCAGCCUUAAAGUUAAAUGGCAGCCAACUAGGCAGUCGAUUCAUAACAGUACGCAGUAUAAUGACGAAGAUACCAAAGUCAAACGACUGCACCCUGAUUUUGAACAACACAGGGAAGCACGAGUCAUUCAAAACUGCGACCAUAGAGAAAAUCUUCAAGAAAUACGGCGAACUUCUAGAUGUUGAAGUUAUUUGCACAUCAAGCACUUUAGCAUUUAUCACAUAUAAAAAUGCGGGUUCCACCCAGAAGGCUUGGGAGCUAAAUGGCAAAACAGUGGGCGAUUUAACAGUUGAGUUGAGAAGCUUCUAUGUAAACUCGUGCCCGCUCCAAAUUCUUGUCACAAAUUUGACUCAAGAAGUCUCCGAAAGUGAACUUAGAGAAUUAUUCAAGGCAUCGGGUGAAAUCGAAAAUAUUAACAUGUUCGGUCGCAGAGCCGUUAUAAAAUUUGAAACUACCGAAGGAUUUUGCAAUUCUUUUCUCCUAAACGAGGCUAAAUUAGGGGGUAAACCCAUAUUUAUUGAGCCCAACUCAAUAGUAAAACAUAAAACUUUGCUACAAUUUAAAAACCCUAAUUUCGGUCGUAAACCCGUUGCUGCUGGUCGUUUCGGUCCUAGAGGCAAAGGCCCUGGUGGUAAGGGUCCUGGUCGUAAUGGUCCUGGCGGUAAAGGUCCCGGUGGUUUCAGUGGACCAGCAAAAUAUGAUAGGUUUCCUAAUAAAAAACCAUUCAACAAACGUUCUGCGCAGGAAAAUGGUUCAACGCCACAGUUCAACAAGCGCGCCAAAAAGGCCUAGAGGACAAGUGGCCCUAAUUAUAAAAUAAUGUAAUUUCAACAAUAUUAACUACAUAAGGGGGUAUGCAUUAAAUACCUAAAUAAAAUAUCUUUGUGCACGUUUUUUUAAUUCAA